AUGUGUCCUUCCAAGAAGCAGGCGAGACUCGCCAUUCCCAUCCUUACACUAUUGACGUUGCUGCUGCUGUGCUACGGAGUUGGAAACGUCCAUUGCUCAACCAUUCAUGAGAACAGAGUAGAUCUGCAGGCACUGCUCGAUUUCAAGCAUGGCGUUAUGGACCCAUCUGGAGCCUUGAGCAAUUGGACUUUGAAUUCCCACUUUUGUCGGUGGAAUGGUGUCGAGUGCACCACGACACCACCAUUCCGCGUCCACGGACUCCAACUCACCGGCCAAAGUUUGUCCGGCCAAAUCAGCUCCUCUCUUGGCGACCUUACCUUCCUUAAUUAUCUUGACCUCUCCAAUAAUAACUUUGUCGGUCCCUUACCUCUUCUUGGCCGCCUCCAACAACUGCAGAUACUUUAUUUGUACAACAACAAUUUGUCUGAGAUCAUUCCUGAUGACCUUACCAACUGCUCCAACUUGACCGCCUUAGGUUUAUCUUCAAACUUGCUAGUGGGUUCCAUUCCUCCGAAAUUAGGCUUACUAGCAAAUCUAGUAUAUCUCAAUUUGCGAUCAAAUCAACUCGAGGGAAGCAUUCCUGGUGAGCUUGGCCAAUUAAAGUUAACUACCUUGAUCCUAGGUGACAAUAGGCUUUCAGGUGAAAUCCCCAAAGCCUUCUUUCGUCUUUUUUCACUACAACAUCUAAGUCUAGAAUUCAAUAUGCUAGGCAAGGCAUUGCCAUCCAACAUAGGAGAACUUCUCCCUAAUCUCAAAGAGCUUACGUUGGAAAACAACAUGUUCGAAGGUCCCAUCCCAGCUUCCCUAGGCAAUAACGCUCUAGGGUUACAAAUGAUAGAUUUAUCAUCUAAUAAUUUCACAGGGCAGAUUCCUACUUCUUUGGGAAAACUUUCAAAUUUGACUUUCCUAAACCUUCAGUAUAACCAGCUUGUAGCAAGAAACAACCAGGACUGGGAAUUUUUAAACUCGUUAAGAAAUUGUAGAUCUCUCGAGUCACUCUCACUUGCUUACAAUGAGCUGCAGGGAUCACUUCCACCGUCAAUCGGUAACCUAUCCACCAGCCUUCGCAAGCUUCUGUUGGGUGGAAACAGCUUGUCUGGGCAAGUUCCACAGAGUAUAGGUAAACUUAGUGCCUUAAGUUGGCUGGGACUAGGUAACAACAAUUUUAUUGGUACAACUGAAGGAUGGAUUGAAAAUUUAAAAAACCUACAAAGACUAUUUCUGAAAUGGAACAACUUCGCUGGGCCAAUCCCCUACUCAAUUAGCAAUCUUACUCAGCUGGCAAUCCUUGACCUACGAGGAAAUGAAUUUGACGGUCCCAUACCAGCCAGUUUGGGAAAUCUUUCUAGACUACAACAGUUGUACCUUAGCAAUAACAAUCUGCAGGGUGCCAUACCUCCAAACUUCGGAAACAUUCAAGGACUCACACUGUUGGACCUUAGCCAUAACAAUCUACAGGGUGCCAUACCUCCUAUACCUUCAGAGUUUAGUAAUCUUCCACAACUCACCGAACUACGUCUGUCGUCCAACAGAAUUUUUGGAGAAAUCCCUACCAAUUUAAGUGAAUGUCAAGAGUUGAGUGUCAUCGAAUUGGACCAGAAUAUUCUCACAGGAAGCAUUCCGUUGUCUUUAGGAAACUUGGCGACUUUGAACAUCCUCAAUCUUUCCCACAACAAUUUUUCAGGCUUCAUCCCAACAACUUUAAGUAGUUUGGAGCUUCUCGCUCACCUAGAUCUAUCUUAUAAUCAUCUCCAAGGAGAAAUACCAAUAAAUGGAGUAUUUGCAAACGCAACAGCUGUUUCACUUAAUGGCAACUGGGGGCUUUGUGGAGGAGUGAAAGAUCUCCAUAUGCCUUCAUGCCCUGCAGUUUCUCGGAGUAUAGAACUGAAACUCUAUCUCACUAUCUUAUUGAUUUUGAUAUUUGGCUUCGUGUCAUUUGUGAUGUCAGUUUAUGUCAUACUCCUUAAGAAGAAGAAAUCAAGAAGGCCAUACUUAAUAUUGCGUUCUUUUGGUAAGAAAUUUCCUAGAGUUUCUUACAAGGAUCUAGCUCAAGCUAGAGGGAACUUCUCCGAGUCCAACCUUAUUGGCAGAGGAAGCUAUGGUUCAGUAUAUAGAGGGAAGUUAACUCAAGCAAAAAAGCAAGUGGCUGUUAAGGUUUUUGACCUUGGCAUGAAAUUUGCAGACAGAAGCUUCAUAUCAGAAUGUGAGGCUUUGGGAAUCAUUCGGCAUCGGAACCUUCUUCCUAUACUGACUUCAUGCUCAACUAUAGACAACAGAGGCAAUGAUUUCAAAGCUCUAAUAUAUGAGUUCAUGCACAAUGGGAGUUUAGAUACAUGGUUGCAUCAAAAACGUUAUAGUGUAUCUGCAAAACUUUUGGGCUUAGCUCAAAGAAUAAGCAUAGCUAUUGACAUAGCCAAUGCAUUGGUCUAUUUGCACCAUGACUGUGAAAGGCGUAUUGUCCACUGUGAUCUGAAACCAACCAAUAUCCUUCUUGAUGACAAUAUGAAUGCCUGUAUAGGAGACUUUGGCAUUGCAAAUCUACUUGGAUAUUCUAGUUCCAGUAGUUCAGUCGCUGUGACAGGAACUGUCGGAUAUAUCCCUCCAGAGUAUGCUCAAAGCGUUCAUGCAUCAACCAGUGGGGAUGUCUACAGUUUUGGAAUAGUACUUCUAGAGAUGCUGAUAGGCAAACAACCAACCGACUCUAUGUUCGAGGGUGAACUCAACAUUGUUCGCUUUGUAGAGAAACUUCCCAGAUCAAAUGUUACGUAUCAUUGA